AUGGAGGAUUCAUUGAUAUUACAGAUUUUGGAUAUUUAUGCGAAGUUAAUAAUUAUUGUUUCUCCUUUUGGAGCAGUUUUCUUUAUAGUGAUGGGAAUUUUAAUGCUGAGGUCUACAUUAAUUAUAGAAGGAAUUGCAGUAGGAUCAGAGGAUUAUUCCGACUCAACAUUAGCUUCAUUGAUAGCAGGGGCUAACUUUUUGGCAAUUCUCAUUGCAGCUCUUAUUUAUAGAUCUUAUAGAGCAAAAUCAGCUGCUAAAAAAGCAGCUAGUGCACAAGGUAGUCAAGAAAGCGGAUAUAAUUACUUUACGAGCAACAACAAUGAGGGUGUAGUCAUCUCAAGCUCAGCAUAG